GAUCACUAAGAUAUCGAUGCCAUUAGUGUUAGCUUGUGAUGUAGAAUAAUGAAAGAUGUAAGAACAUUCUUCCAUUGCGCACAAGAAAUUGAAAGACUGCUUAUCUUAUCUCUAUCUCUAUCGUUAUCUUUAUCGUUAUCGUUAUCAGUGUGAAUGUGGGGCUCCGGGCAUCGUCAAAGACGAAAAAAAAGUUUUGCAGCUCAGUGACUCAAUUGCUUCGUCCAAGUCGUGCUCUCCAUUUAUCGCAUAUUGCUCGGGUCGUACGAUCUUCUCACAGACCGUAACAGGAGAUUUUACAUUGCUCACGAAAUGGCCACCACUAUCGAACAGGCCGAGGCGCCUCAUCAAUCCUUCGAUACCCUGUUGGUUCUCGACAAUGGAUCCCAAUACUCCCAUUUGAUUACCAGACGACUUCGUGAAUUGAAUGUCUAUUCUGAGAUGCUACCCUGCACCACCAAACUGGGAGAUUUGGCUUUUAAACCGAAGGGUAUCAUUCUAUCUGGCGGGCCAUACAGUGUUUAUGAUCCCAUUGCUCCCCACGUCGAUCCUGCUUUCUUCGAACUCGGAGUGCCAAUUUUGGGAGUCUGCUACGGACUUCAGGAGAUUGCAUGGAGGGUAGGAAAGGAGAAUGUUGUGGCGGGUACCGAGCGAGAAUACGGACAUGCAAUUAUUACAGCACAGCGCCACAAUGACCAUGUCGAUCGCCUCUUUAAGGGCUUGGAGGACGGAAUGCAGGUCUGGAUGAGCCAUGGAGAUCGUCUGGCCGCACUUCCCGAAGGAUUCGUCACCAUCGCUACAACCACCAACUCCCCCUUUGCCGGCAUCGCACAUAAAGAGAAGCCCGUGUAUGGAAUCCAAUUCCACCCGGAAGUAUCUCAUACUCCUAGAGGAACAGAUUUGUUGCGAAAUUUCGCAAUUGAUAUAUGUGGAGCUGAAUCCAACUGGUCCAUGCCCAAUUUCAUUGAUAAGGAGAUUGCGCGUAUUCGCAAGCUCGUUGGCGAUAAAGCGCAAGUUCUGGGUGCUGUGAGUGGGGGUGUCGACAGCACGGUUGCUGCUCAGCUUAUGAAGACUGCAAUUGGCGACCGCUUCCACGCCGUUCUCAUCAACAACGGCGUCAUGCGCCUCGACGAAUGCACACAAGUCCAACAAACACUCCAACAACACCUCGGAAUCAAUUUGACCAUCGUCGAUGGAUCGGAAUUAUUCCUGGGCCGUUUGAAGGGCGUCACCGAACCUGAGCGAAAGAGGAAAAUCAUUGGCGAAACUUUUAUUGAUCUGUUUGAAGAAGAAGCUAAGAGAAUCGAAAAGGAGGCUGAGAACACGCCGAAUGCUGGAAAGGUUGAGUGGUUCCUUCAGGGGACUUUGUAUCCGGACGUGAUUGAGUCGCUCAGUUUCAAGGGUCCAUCUGCUACCAUUAAGACACACCACAACGUCGGCGGUCUCCCGGCUCGAAUGAUGAAUGGCCAAGGUCUAAAACUGAUCGAACCCCUUCGAGAGCUCUUCAAAGACGAAGUCCGUGAUCUCGGUCGUCAGCUCGGUAUCCACGAUGACCUCGUCAUGCGUCACCCUUUCCCAGGACCUGGUAUCGCUAUUCGCAUUAUCGGAGAGGUGACUCCAGAACGAGUUGAGAUUGCCCGAAAGGCUGAUCAUAUUUAUAUUUCCAUGAUCAAGGAGGCUGGCAUUUACAAUGAAAUGUCUCAAGCUUACGCUGGUCUUGAUACCAGCAAAGCCGUCGGUGUAAUGGGCGACAACCGCGUCUACGGAUAUAUCAUCAUCCUCCGCGCCGUGACAACAACCGACUUCAUGACCGCUGAACCGUACGACUUUGACCACUCACUCCUCAAACGGAUUGCCACUAGAAUAGUGAAUGAAGUCCACGGCGUUUCGAGAGUGACGUAUGAUAUUACUAGCAAGCCUCCUGGUACAAUUGAACUGGAGUAAACCCUGCGCAUAUGCAAAUGAGGAAAGGAGAGAAUGCAUAAAAGUCCUUGAUAUCAGCUAAUUUUUAAGAAAUCAAGAAAUAAGAAAUAGACUCUUUAGCGUGCUCGUCUUUUGAAUCUGGGGGGGCGGUGAGGUAAAAUUUUAAUAUUGAUUUUGAUUGAUCGAAUACUAUUACCCAUUUAGGAU